UCUCCAGCCAGCAUGAUGGUAGCCAGCACAAUAAUAACCGAUGACAGAAGCACUGAGGAACUACAGAAACGUUUCGGGGAGCUUCUCGACGAGAAUGUAGUACUCAAAGAGACGUUAAAGCAAAACAAUGAUUCCAUGAAGGAACAGUUCUCGUUGAUAGCAUCUUGCCAAGAAGAUAUGCUGAAAACUCACAAGCUGCAUAAGGAGAAAUUUGAUGAAACAAGAGAGCUUGUGGAAAAGCUACGGCAAGAGAAUAGAAAGCUCAAGGACGAUAUAGUGCGUUUGUCGAAUACUGAAAUCGUAACAAACGGCGAGACAAAGUCCGGCGCGUCGUCCACAGUAGAAUUUGUGACGUCACCCGAUGACGAUACUAUCAACAAGUUGACAGCACAAUUGGAGCUCGUGGAAAAGCAGAGGAGACAGGUAUGUAUGGUGAAGGGAAAUCAGAUAUAA